CAGACAUAAUUUGCAAACUGCCCCCCCAUCGGCUGUGUGGCAGGUAACAGUCAGGAUGUUCCAAUUUACUAUUUAAUCCAUUUUCUCUAAUAUUAAUGGCCUUAUCUGAUAAGUUCAAAGGCACAUCUGAAUUAGUAAGAUUCAAAGCUAAGUUUUACCCCAUUUUUCUGAUAUAUAAACAUAACUUCCUUUUCUCCCAUCCAGCAGUUUAUACACCUUGCCAACUCUUCCACCUCCCAGGUCAUCCCCUCCAAAUCACAUUCAUCCCUCCCAUUAUGCCAUUGGUCACGACACUGAAUACCUACUGUUUUAGUCCAGAAACUAAAUACAGCGUGAGCAUUCAAAAAUUCUUAGCUAGAAGAUCCUGGAAAAGUAGCUUAUUGAUUUUCUUUCAUGUCUGCUACCCUUUUUUAUUUUUUUAAUCAUCCUCUUCUUUAAGUCCUAGGUUUCUGGGAAUUUCUGGGAUGUGCCCAAAAUGGAAUGUUUUUCUUAUGCACAGGUUAUUGUUCACUUUGAAAACAGAAGAUGCUGCUCCCAUCCGUAAUAUUACCUUCCUCUAUACUUAUAGCUGAGAAGGUAGAUAGUUACUCUGGGCACUCAAAAAACAUACGCAUUCUUCUGGUUAAUCCAUGUAGCCCUGGUUGAUGGAUUCUGCUGCUGCUUGUGGCUCUGUUAGCCUUAAGGACUUCAUCUCCCUUUCUCUAUUUUCAAUCGCCUUCUCCCUCUUCACAGCUAUCCAUAAACACUACAGCCUCCAGCAGUGGAAAGAGUUUGCUAGCCAGAAUCUCGAGUGUCUUGAGCAUUUGGCGGCAAGCUCAGGCACAGGAUCUUCGGACUUUGAACAGCUGGAACAGAUCCUGGAAGCUCUUCCCCAGGUGAAAUAUAUAUGCCUGGACGUGGCAAACGGCUACUCAGAACACUUUGUUGAGUUUGUAAAGGACGUGCGGAAGCGCUUCCCCGAGCACACCAUUAUGGCAGGGAAUGUGGUAACAGGAGAGAUGGUGGAAGAGCUGAUCCUCUCUGGGGCUGACAUCAUCAAAGUGGGAAUUGGCCCAGGCUCCGUGUGCACCACCCGCAAGAAAACCGGAGUGGGGUAUCCACAGCUCAGUGCCGUGAUGGAGUGUGCAGACGCUGCUCAUGGCCUCAAAGGCCACAUCAUCUCAGUAAGGGCCACAGGCAGGGGAGGGGAGGAGGCUGCCACACCACUGUGUUUCCUGCUGUGUGGAAACUGUGGUAGCAGUGGAUCAGGACUCCUGGGUUCCUGUCGGCUUGGAGGUGGGCCGCGGGGACAUCGCUCAGAGUGCUUGGGCAGUCCGUGUUCUCUCUUCACAGUGCUCCUUACUUUGCAGGAUGGAGGCUGCAGCUGUCCUGGGGAUGUGGCCAAGGCUUUCGGGGCAGGAGCUGACUUUGUGAUGCUGGGUGGCAUGCUGGCGGGGCACAGUGAGUCAGGCGGUGAGCUCAUCGAGAGGGACGGCAGGAAGUACAAGCUCUUCUAUGGGAUGAGUUCUGAAAUGGCCAUGAAGAAGUAUGCCGGGGGCGUGGCUGAGUACAGGGCCUCAGAGGGAAAGACGGUGGCGGUCCCCUUUAAAGGGGACGUGGAACAUACCGUCCGAGACAUCCUUGGAGGCCUCCGCUCCACAUGCACCUACGUGGGAGCAGCUAAACUGAAGGAAUUGAGCCGGAGAACCACCUUCAUCCGGGUCACCCAACAGGUGAAUCCAAUCUUCAAUGAUGAGAGCUAGACCUGAGCAGCUGUGCCCUCUCAUGGCACUAGCCCCUGAGCACAGGGCCUCUCAAGAGGGCUCCUCACCCAUCUCAGCCACUGUGGCUAUUUCUUACUCAGUCAAUUCCUGUCGCCUUACUCCUGAGGGCUCCCACAGUAAUACCGUACUCUGUACCCACAGAAUGCCCAGGGCACUCACUGGGGAGGAAGCAAGGCAGGCAAGCUGAGAAAAUGAAGUAAGACAGUCAAGUGUGAAUCUGGGGAUUCUCACUCCCAGCAUCCUGAUAAUUAUUAAAAGGAAAAGAUGCUGAUUCCUCCCUAAGCGUUUAAUGGUCUGGGUCUGGAAGAGGGAGGCUCUUGAAAUCAUGUUUUAUUAAUGAGCUUCAUUAAAUAGGAUCUCUGAAUACCUAAAAAGCCCAAAAGUGUUGCCAUAUUUUAAAUAUCUCAAUAAAGAGAUCCCAAGGACUUUGAA